AUGUUGAAAUUUAUAUUGAUUUUGCUUAUUGAGUUGUUAAAUAUAGCAAAGAUAAUUCCAUGUGUGCCUGAAUAUGGUCAAUGUGAUGGUUUUGACUACAGAGGUCCAACAGACUGUUGUCCGCCAUCAGAAUGCCAAUUUAAUAAUCUGUGGUACUCACAAUGCUUGACAAUCCAAACGGAAUCGACAACAUUAUCAUCAUCAUCAAGCACAAUUUGUCAAAGUGUCUACAGUCAGUGUGAUGGUGAAAACUGGCUGGGAGCUACAUGUUGUAUUGAUUCGACAUGUACCUUCGUCGAUCCUUAUUAUUCACAAUGUCUACCAACUUCAUCUAGUUCCAGCAGUACAGAUUCAACAAGUAGUUCAUCAUCUUCAUCAGAAUCAUCCAGCACUAGUAGCAUAUUACCAAGCUCUACUAGUUCAGAGAAUCGUUGUAGUGCUCUAUGGCAACAAUGUGGUGGCAUUGGAUGGACUGAUUCAACAUGUUGCGAUCAGUCAACAUGUAUUGUUGUUAAUCCUUAUUAUUCUCAAUGUUUACCAUCAGGAGAAUCAUCUAGUUCAUCGUCUUCCUCAAGUAGUACUUUCAGUGCAGCAACAUCAUCUACAAAUGAUGGUCGUCAAGCUGGUGUUACUACUCUGUAUUGGGAUUGUUGUAAAGCAAGUUGUGCAUGGCCAGAUAAAGCUUCUGUGACAAGUCCAGUUAGAACAUGUGCACAAGAUGGUAUUACAUCUGUUGAUCCUAAUACUCAAUCAGGCUGUACUGGUGGUACUGCUUAUAUGUGUAAUGAUCAACAACCAUGGAGUGUUAGUUCAACUCUUUCAUAUGGUUUUGCUGCUGCUCAUAUUAGUGGCCAAAGUGAAGCAGAUUGGUGUUGCGCUUGUUAUUCAUUGAUAUUUACAUCAGGACCUGUUAUUGAUAAAGAACUAAUAGUUCAAGUAACAAAUACAAGCGGUGAUCUUGGUGAUAAUCAUUUUGAUCUUCAAAUACCAGGCGGUGGAGUUGGUGUAUUUGAUGGAUGUUCAAGUGAAUAUCCUGGUUCAUAUUCAUGGGGUCAAAGAUAUGGCGGUGUUAGUCAAAGAUCAGAUUGUGCUAAUUUACCGAUUGCUAUUCAACCAGGUUGUUAUUGGAGAUUUGAUUGGUUUAUGAAUGCUGAUAAUUCAACAAUUAGUUUUAAACAAAUAUCUUGUCCAUUUGUUCUUACUUCAAUUACUCAAUGUUCUAGAGUUUAA